AUGGAGAUGAUAUUGAUGGUCUCUUUGUGCUUAACGACCCUCAUUACCCUUUUCUUGCUUAAACAAUUCCUCAAACGAACCGCCAACAAAGUGAACUUACCACCAUCUCCAUGGAGGCUUCCGUUGAUUGGUAACCUCCACCAGCUUAGCCUCCACCCUCACCGUUCCCUCCAUUCCCUAAGCCUUCGGUACGGACCACUCAUGCUCCUUCAUUUUGGCCGUGUCCCCAUACUCGUAGUAUCCUCCGGGGAAGCAGCUCAAGAGGUAUUGAAAACACACGAUCUUAAGUUUGCCAACCGCCCGAGAUCAAAAGCCGUUCAUGGGCUUAUGAAUGGGGGGCGUGAUGUGGUGUUUGGUCCCUAUGGAGAAUAUUGGAGACAGAUGAAGAGUGUAUGCAUUCUCAAUCUGCUCACGAACAAAAUGGUUGCGUCCUUUGAGAAGAUAAGAGAAGAAGAGCUAAAUGAAAUGAUCAAGAAGCUGGAGAAAGCAAGUUCUUCUUCUUCGUCAGAAAAUCUGAGCGAACUCUUUGUUACUCUCCCAAGCGAUGUUACGAGUAGAAUUGCCUUGGGAAGAAAACAUAGUGAGGACGAAACCGCAAGGGAUCUCAAGAAGCGAGUGAGGCAGAUCAUGGAGCUUUUAGGCGAGUUCCCAAUCGGGGACUAUGUCCCGGCUUUGGCAUGGAUAGACAGGAUCAACGGUUUCAAUGCUAGAAUAAAGGAAGUAAGUCAAGGGUUUAGCGAUCUUAUGGACAAAGUGGUGCAAGAACAUUUAGAGGCAGGUAAUCAUAAAGAGGACUUUGUCGAUAUACUGUUAUCAAUCGAAAGCGAGAAGAGUAUUGGAUUCCAAGCUCAAAGAGACGACAUCAAAUUCAUGAUAUUGGAUAUGUUUAUAGGAGGGACGUCAACAAGUUCAACUCUACUAGAAUGGAUAAUGACGGAGCUGAUCAGAAAUCCAAAUGUUAUGAAGAAACUCCAAGACGAGAUUCGGUCAACCAUUAGGCCACAUGGUUCAUACAUAAAAGAAAAAGAUGUUGAAAAUAUGAAAUACUUGAAAGCCGUGAUUAAAGAGGUGUUUCGGGUGCAUCCUCCUCUUCCACUAAUACUUCCCAGAUUAUUAAGUGAAGAUGUCAAAGUAAAGGGAUAUAACAUAGCCGCAGGAACCGAGGUGAUAAUCAAUGCUUGGGCCAUCCAAAGAGACCCCGCGAUAUGGGGACCGGAUGCAGAAGAAUUCAAACCAGAAAGACAUUUAGAUUCAACUUUGGAUUAUCAUGGAAAAGAUUUAAACUUCAUCCCAUUCGGAUCAGGGAGAAGGAUUUGUCCAGGGAUAAAUCUUGCUUUGGGUUUGGUAGAGGUGACAGUGGCCAACCUUGUAGGCCGAUUUGACUGGAGGGCCGAGGCUGGACCAAAUGGGGAUCAACCUGAUCUAACUGAAGCUUUUGGUCUCGAUGUUUGCCGAAAGUUCCCUCUCAUUGCAUUUCCAUCUUCCGUUAUUUAA